GUUUCAAAAGUUGUAGUUUAGUGGAUGUUUGAAGAGCACAUGUUCUUUAGAUUCCGAAGGAACAUAACUAAUCAAACGAGAAAAUGUCAUCGUUUACAUUAGGUCACUUUAGCCAAGUAUGCAGCCAGUUGUUAAACCACUACUAUGGAGAAAUUGUCGGCCAAGUCGGAUCCUAUUUACUUAGGCGAGGCAAUCGUAUGUUGACCGACAUACGUACUGCAACCGGCUUGUCCAUUCGCGAAGUUAAGAAAGCUUUGGCUGUGAUGAUUCAACAUAACCUAGUCAAAUUCCAAGCAAGUGAACGGAAUAACAUUGUUGCAGAGUACUCAAUGAUGCAUCACAAUGUCUACUGUCUCAUUAGAUACCCAAAGUAUCUAUACAUGAUUAAGAGGAUUUAUGGGACAUCGGAAGAAAUUCUGCUAGAGAUCUUGCUAAAUCUAGGACAAGCAAGUGCUUCCAAUGUUAUUUUCCAUUCAGCAAAUAGGCUGAACGAAGCUAAUGAUAGUGAAGUUUUAAGUCCCUCAGCCCUCCAUCAAAGUUUUCAAAGACUUGCCCAAGAUAACUUCAUCAUUAGAUGCCCAAAGCUUGCAGAAAACGCAACUUUACUAAAAGUGCCCACACUUGAAAUUGAAGAGAAAGAAAAAUUUGCUGUUCCAAACGUGGAGAUUGAACCUAUAGCCAGAAUGCUGAAAGAAAAAGCAACUCAGUUAGGCGGACAUUGCGACAGCGAAAUAAUUUGGCGUGUAAAUCACGAACGAUUUGACAUUGAAUUGAGGAAUGUGAUUCUAGUCAAUGCUGCUGCCAGAAGAGUGGAUACAACAGCUGGCGAAUUAUACCAUUUAAUCCUCAAGCUCUGGCGCGAAAGUAGCAACCCCGAUUCACCAGCAACAACUCCCGUAUCCUACAACGUAAUUAAGGAUGCCGUUAGAAAAAACGACAGUAGUCCGAUUUUGUUGGAACAUUUCGAUCACUACUUGAGAGUGCUGCACGAGGAUUCUGCUGGUUUGAUUGACAAACCGGGCGAUGCUGGUGGCGGUCAAUUCAAUCUUGACUAUUCGAAAGUUUUCGAAAAUUUGGCUUGCGCUUCGUUGGACUCGAUUGUACUAGAAAGAUUUGGAUCGAAAGCUUUACGACUCUUUAGACUGACUCGGAUUCAGAAGUUUAUGGAACAAGACCAGAUGCAGAAUGUUGCAAUGAUUCCGGCCAAGGAAGCCAAAAUGUUCACCUACAAAUUGCUGGAACACAACUUUCUACAAAUCAAGGAACUGAAAAAGGGGACUUCCAAUUUUGCUCCGGUCAAAUCCUUCAUUUUGUACCACGUCGACUUACCUCAGGUUGUCCGGACAGUACUGGAAGCGAGUUACAAAGGCUUAUUUAACGCUAUGGUACGGCAAAUGCACGACUUGACAGAAAACAAACGCCUGCUUGAAAAACAUGCCAUGUUGGAAUCAAUGCUUGAACGUCUAAAAGGAGAUGAUGGAGUUCCCGAAGAGGAAAUAGCAGAAUUAUCCGAUACGAUGCACCCUGCCGAAAAGUCUUUAGUGGAAAAAAUUCACUUAAUGAGUGAUAAUCUGACGUUAGGACAAACCCAGGCAGACGAAACAAUCCUAAUAUUGGAAAGUUAUUUAAAGUUUAAAUCAAAGGAAUUGUAACAUUGGGUGUCACGAAUCUGACGUUGUCUGGGUUUGGGUUUUGGAUGUGAAACUGCUGCGUAAUUGUCGAAGAUGUUCAAGAAAGCAAUCAAGGAUCAUCCCUUAACCUAACUCAUGUCAUGUGUCGCUCGAAAUUGUCUUGGAUUGUAAAAUUUUGUUCGAGAAUAAUAACUAAGCAUUUUUCAACAUUC